AUCCCAAUACCAUCUUCUCUCUGGUUUCUCUGGCCAUGGCAUCAGUUCUUGUAUCCUCCCUUCUUUCAUCCCUCACUACCAACUUGAAUUCCUUACUCCAACAAGACUCUGAAUUCCUUAGACAUGUUAUCAAAGAUCUCAAAUUUCUCUUGAAUUCCUUCUCCUCGAUGAAAGCGGCAGUCGAGGUCGCAGAAUCAAUGCAAGCAAAGGAUCAGAGAAUUUCAGCUUGGCUUACACAGCUCAAAGAAGCGGCCUACAUCGCCGAUGACAUCAUAGACGAGCUCGCAUUCGAAGUUCUUCGAUCGAAGACGGAGGAUGCAAUUGCAGAAGAAAACCAUACGCGUGAAUUCUCAUUCUCUCUCCAGUCAUGCAUGGAUACGAUGAAGGAGAUCAGGGAAAUGAUGAAUGAGAUUGUGUCGGAUGGGGCUAUGUUCGACUUGGGUUUCGCUGAGAAGCGGCUUGAGUCCGAUGGGGAGCAAUGGAUGGGUUCUGUUUCUCAAGAAUUUCGAGUUUUUGGGAGGGAGAAGGAUACAGAGAAUGUUGUGGAGUUGUUGAUGAACGGCGGAGAUCCUUUCAUCGUUCCGAUAGUGGGUCUCGGUGGAAUUGGCAAGACGACGGUUGCGCGAUUAGCUUAUGAUGAUGAGAGGGUAGAGCGGAAUUUCGAAAUACGGAUGUGGUUCUCUAUGUCGGAGGAUUUCGAUUUGGAGACGCUUACGAAAGAAAUCGUGGAUCGUGCGAUCGGUGGCGAACAUUGGAUAUCUGGGGUGUAUGAACUGGAGCGAUGCCUCCGAGAAAAGCUAGGCGGGAAGAGGUUCUUGAUUGUGUUAGAUGGCGUGUGGAGCGGAGAUCGGAGGAAGUGGAAUCGACUGAGGAAUUUGUUGGCAUGUGGAGCGAAAGGUAGUAAAAUCAUUGUAACUGCCAGAACAGAGGUGAUGGCGUCGAUCAUGGACAUGACAGUCCCAUACCUUUUGGAGCAUUUAUCAGAUGAUGAUUGUUGGGCCUUGUUUAAGUAUGAAGUAUUUGGGGUGGAAAGCUUAGAAGAAUUUCCGAAUUUGGCUGCGAUCGGUGAAGAGAUUGUGAAGAAGUGCAGAGGUGUGCCUUUGGCAGUGAAGGCUGUAGGAAGUAUUCUCCGCUUCAGAAGAGAGGAGAUUGAAUGGUUGGUUAUCAAAGAUAGUGAAAUUUGGAACUUACCUGAAGAUGAAGGAAUUUUCUUACCUGCUUUGAUUUUGAGUUAUAAUCGUCUGCCCUUACAUUCCAAGGAAUGCUUUGCUUAUUGUUGUGUAUUCCCUCGAGGUCAUGAAAUCGAAAAGGAAAAAUUGAUCCAGUUGUGGAUGGCGAAUGGUUUCAUUCCAUCCAGAGGAACAAUGGAGCUGGAAGAUAUCGGGCAUGAGAUGUUUGUUGAAUUGCUCUCGAGGUCUUUCUUCCAAGCCACAGAGAAAGAUGAAGAUGGCCACGUAGAGAAGUACAAAUUGCACGAUGCUGCAUAUGAUCUCGCACGAUCGGUUAUGGGAGCUGAAUGUAUGAAAGCGGAUGCUGAGGAAGCACCCAAAUUUUCUCCGGCGAGGAUCCGUCAUUUAUCUUCUUCUGAUGUAACUUCAGCAGAAAAAGCUCUCGAGUCCUUGCACAAAGCCCAAAAACUGCAUUCGUUCCUCUUGCUAUCCAAUUACGAUGAGACCACAAGUCUGUGUAGAAGGUUGCUGUUUCCUCAUUACAUCUCUGAGUUCAGAUUCUUGCGCGUGUUGGAUCUGAGACACACUGACAUUAAGAUUUUGCAAAUUCCGAUGGACAAUUUGAAACAUUUACGGUACCUCGAUCUAUCUUAUUCUAACAUUGAAGCAUUGCCUGAAUCCAUUAGCAGCCUCCGAAACUUGCAGACAUUGAAAUUAAGAGGUUGUGCAAUGCUUCACCAGUUACCCAAGAACAUGAAGGACAUGGUCAAGCUUAGACACCUUGAUAUCAGCGAGUGCUGGUCUUUGUCUCACCUGCCCAAAAAUAUUGGGCAAUUAACCUGCCUCCAAUCACUAACUGCUUUCAUUGUAGGCCAGGAGAGUGGAUGUGGCAUUGAAGAGCUUCAGCACUUGAACCUCGGAGGAGUACUAAGGAUAACCAAAGUGGGGAAUGUUAGAAAUUCGACUAAAGCCAGGGAAGCAACUUUGAUUGCCAAACAGAAUCUCCUCUCAUUAGAAGUAUGUUGCCAGGAGUGUCGUAAUGUUGUUGCGAGAGGAAAUUUUGAGGAGGUUCUUGAAGGCCUUGAACCCCAUCCAAAUCUGAAAAGAUUGGAUAUAAGCUAUUACAGCGGAAUCAAAUUUCCACGUUGGAUGAUGGAUUCCACGCUCACGAACUUGGAGAAGAUUUCACUAUUCGUAAGUGAAGAAUGUGAGAUUGAGUUUCUCCCACCGUUUGGACAACUACCUUUCCUCAAGGUACUUGUAAUAGCUAACAUGAAUGGUUUGAAGUGCAUUGGUGCUGUAUUCUAUGGUACAAGCUCGUCGAAAGCAUUCCCUUCAUUGAAGGAACUCACUUUGCGAGGGAUGGCCAAUUUGGAGGAAUGGUCAGGAUUCGAGGGAAGAGAAGCAUUCCCUAGCCUUCGCAAAUUGACCAUCGACGGAUGUCCUAAGUUGUCUACCUUGCCAUGGCUUCCAUCUCUUGAAGAAUUAGAUAUAAGAGAUAGCAAUGGGAAGGUAUUAAGGUCUGUGAUGAAAUUCACCUCGCUUUCCUCUCUUUGCUUAGAUGAAUUUCCGGAGACUGUGUCUCUACCAGAAGGGUUGCUACGAAAUCUUACUCAUCUCAAGUCUCUAACUAUUAGCAGAUUCCCAGAGCUCACAUCAUUGCCUGACGAAAUGAAAAACCUCACCUCUCUUGAGUCUUUGUCUAUUUAUGCAUGCAUGAAUCUAAUUUCACUACCAGAUGAUUGGCCAUGGCAAGGUUUGACAUGUCUUCGACUCCUAUCGAUUUGGUAUUGCCGCAAUAUGCCAUCUUUGCCCGAAGGCUUGCAAUACCUAACUUCUUUAAGGACACUAGACAUCUAUGGCUGUGAUAAGUUGGCAUCUUUGCCAGUGGGACUACGACAAAUCACCACUCUCCAAGAUUUACGCAUCGGUGAAUGUGAUGUUCUGACGUCAUCUUUGCCAGAGUGGCUACCGCAUGUCAACAACCUCCAAGACCUAAGCAUUGUCAGGAGUCCGAGUCUAAUGUCUCUGCCAGAGUCUAUAAGAAACCUCACAUCACUAAAAUGUAUCAACAUUCAGGAGUUGGAUAACCUGACAUGUUUACCAGACAGUAUGCGACACCUCACUGGCCUCCAAACGCUCCAGAUUGCAAGAUGUCCCAAGUUGUCUUCUUUGCCUGAGUGGGUGCAAGAUCUCACAUUGCUUUGCCACUUGUUGAUUUGGUCCUGCCCUGCUAUCACGUCUUUGCCAGCAGCAGUGCAACACCUCAAUGCACUUGAAUAUCUGAGUAUUGGGGAUUGUCCACAUUUGGAGAGACGAUGCCAGAAGGGGACGGGCGAAGAUUGGCACAAGGUAGCACAUGUCCCACGUAUCAUCAUUAAGGGCCGAUAUGAUAAUUAGAACCACUCAUCCUUACUAUCAGGUGAAUGGCCUUCUUGGCUCAUAAUUCUGAGAGGGUUGAAGAGAAUGCGAAACAGAAAACAGAAACCUGAGAAGAUGAUAUUAGAACCAAUUGAUGAGCUUAGUCAAGAUGGGUUUGAUAGCGGUCCAGUUGUUUAGGUGCUGGAUGCUUAGAUCCAGGUUCUGCUCAUCGAUUCAUGUCCCUGGCUAUUCUAUCAGCAGAUUCAACACCAAUGUAGCCUUGAGAUUUUCCAGCCCCAAGAGCACAUGCUAACCUCACCUUGAAUCUAACCCGGAAAAACUCAGGCUGGUCAACUCUUCAGCGCCGCCAUCCCUGUAUGAAAACAAUGUUCCCCGAGGGUCUACUUUAAAGUACCUGUGUGGCACGCCUGUUUAGUGUACCAGCCUGAUUCUUAAUCCUGGUCAGCUUCAGGAUGUGGCCCACCUAAUUCAUAGCUCAGAUGUGGUGUACACUUGUCAUUGGCGGAUCUUCCGCAUGUGACAAGGGUGCCUGUGCUGGUGUAAUCUUCGACUUUCCAUUAUCAUGUUGAUUUUCUGCUUGUGUAGUAAAUCUUUCCACUGUAAUCAAUAAAGGGUGAUAUAUAUCAGAUAUAGCUAUCUCUUUCUUUCUGUUUGUGUAGACCAGAGAUUGUGGUGCAUCACUGCUACUUCAUAUUAGGAUCUAUGGAGCCUGAUCAUCAGAGGUGUCUAGCUCAUCCAGCCAUCAGAUGAUAAGUUCGUUUUUUCACUUGGAAUUUUAUGUAAACCUUAGUUUGUUUGAGGUAAUAUAUAUUCUGUCAAGAGAGAGAGAGAGAGAGAGAGAGAGAGAGAGAGAGAGUUGUUAUUGUAUUGAGAGCUACUACUUCGUUUUUGCCUUUGAACAUAGUGGAUCAGUGUGAAUCAAUGGACAUACCAAAAGGGAACCACAUAAACCG